CAGAACCCGGAGCCGCAGCCCAGCCCGAGCCGAGUGGGUGGCGGCGCCAUGGCGUGCGCGGGGCUGCUCACCGUGUGCCUGAUCCGGCCGCCCGCGCCCGAGCCUCGGCGGUCCCCCGUGCCUGCCGCCGGGCCCGCCGGACACGCGCUCUUCCAGGACGUUUUCCGCAGAGCAGACAAGAAUGAUGAUGGUAAGCUCUCAUUUGAGGAGUUCCAGAAUUACUUUGCUGAUGGGGUUCUCAGCCCUGGGGAGCUGCGGGAACUGUUCAGCGGCAUUGAUGGGCCCUCCACUGACAAUUUGGAAACGGAGAAACUGUGUGACUAUUUCUCAGAACACCUGGGUGUCUACCGGCCUGUGCUGGCCGCACUGGAGUCACUGAACUGUGCCGUGCUCACUGCCAUGGACACCACCAAGCUGGAAUAUGAGCGGGCCUCCAAGGUGGACCAGUUUGUGACCCGCUUCCUACUGCGGGAGACGGUGAGCCAGCUACAAGCCCUGCAGAGUUCACUGGAAGGGGCGUCAGAUACCCUGGAGGCCCAGGCCCGUGGCCCACGGUCAGAUGAAGACAGCGUGGAGGUACAGAGCAGGCCCCAUGGCUGCCGGAGGGCAGGGCGCAGGGCCCCGCGGAGCGUCAUUCGGUCACCCGCCUGGUCUCCUGGCUCCUCGGACACAGGGCAGAGCUCAGAAGCUGAGAUGCAGUGGCGGCUCCAGGUCAACCGUCUCCAGGAGCUCAUUGACCAGCUUGAGUGUAAGGCCCCCCGGCUGGAACCCCUGCAUGAAGAGGAGCUUACCAAGGGGCCUGGCUCGCACAUCCUCGUGGCCCAGAGGCAGGUGCACGUGGCAGAGGAAGCCCUGCAGGAUUUCCACCGUGCCCUGUGCUGCUAUGUGGACUUCACAGGGGCCCAGAGCCGUUGCCUGCAUGUGUCUGCCCAGAAGAUGCUGGACAAUGCCUCUUUCACCCUAUAUGAGUUCUGGCAGGAUGAGGCCGCCUGGAGAAGGCACCAGCAGUCCGCCUGCAGUAAGGCCUUCCAGCGCAUCCUCAUUGACCACCUGCGAGCUCCAGACACCCUCACCACUGUGUUCUUCCCAGCCUCCUGGUGGAUUAUGAAUAAUAACUGAGCCUGACCUGCAUAAGCCAAGGCCCUGGGGCCCUACCUGCCUCCUUCUGGAGCUUCUCGACUGGUCGACUCAGCACCAAGACCAAGGACGCUGCCACUCUCAGAACUGGGGCCGGGCUCUCAAAGGUCCCCCUGCCCCAGACCCAGCUGGUGGAGAGUCUCUCAGCCCAGGGAUCAGGGACUGGGCUGCUCGCUUUCUAUUUAUUUAUCAGUGUAUUUUAUUGUUUGUAGCUUUGGCCUCUGAGGCAUUCUGGCCUCUGCCUGGCUCAGGAAGCUUGGAUUUGGUCACCUCUGUCCCAGCCUUGUGUGACACAGAGGAAGGAGGUCGCUUCCCUCUCUGGGUGGGCCUCGGGCUGUCUGGCUGCCUAGUGGGUACCCUGCUUUCUUCCUGCUGUCUUGGGGCCAGGCUUCUGCUCUUCCUCAGCCAGCAGCAGAACCAGGGCUGAUGCUCAGGGACACCACCCCCACCCCCCCCACCAAACCUCGACCCCUGAGGCUGGGCCGGAUCCGUCUGCAGUGUGGGGUAAGGACCUGGGUGUCCCCAUCACCCUCCUGGGUUAGCAGGCUUCCAACUCUUCCAGCACCCUUGGCUGCACCAGAGACCUCGGCAAGAUCCUGGGUUGGUUUGCAUGUCAUUUGCAUAUAUUUUGCAUGUUCAUGCCUACCCACACUCAGGGCACUAUGGGAAGUCCCAAGGUGACCUUGCCAAGUAGCAAUAAUUUGGGCCCAGUGUCACCUGCUCCCCCCAGAUACCUCCAAACCCCAACCCCCAGCCCAAGACCCCAGCACAGAGGCAAUAAAGGCAGUGGUCACCUC